AUGGAACCUGAGCCUGAGAUUGUUAUAAACCUCUUUGAUUCAAUCUGGUUCUACUCCCAAAUCCUCAAGAAAAAAUCAAAUUCCUCAAUUUCACCAAACCCUGUUUGGCAUAAUCAAGAAAAUUCAAGAAAACCCAAGAUUUCACGCCAAUUAACAAUCCAUUCUAGAUCCAAAAGUGAGCAACUGAUUAACUCCAUGACGGAUUUGGACUCUGAUACUUCGUCCCCAAAUUCAGUCCUCUUUACCCCACGUCUCUCAGAACAAGAUUUUCCGAAAGAAAUUCCAAGUGCAACGCAAGUAGUGAAUUUGAAGAAUAGUGGCGGUUUGAUGGAUAGAAGAAAGAAAAGUCUCAGCAAGAGCUUGUCGGAGCUUGAAUUUGAAGAAGUAAAAGGUUUUAUAGAUCUUGGUUUUGUGUUCUCUGAAGAAGAUAAAGAUUCAAGCCUGGUGGAAAUCAUUCCCGGGUUGCAAAGACUGGGCAAGAAAAUGGAUGGAAGAGGGCAGGAAGGGGAAGGAAACGCCAAUGAAUUUUCAGUUCCAAGGCCCUAUCUUUCGGAAGCGUGGGAUGUUUUUGAAGAAAGAGAGAGAGAGAAUCAGAGCCCACUGAGGAACUGGAAAGUACCUGUAAUCAGCAAUCAAAUUGAAAUGAAAGAUAGUCUCAAAUUGUGGGCUCAUACUGUUGCAUAUGCUGUUAGAUGA